GUGCAUUUUCUAGCUGAGGAAUGAAGUGACUUGGAACCAAACUGGGCUUCUCUACUGAGCAUGUCCCUCUCCAGCAGGGUCUGGCUUGGGUGGGGCCAGUCUUGCUCAUUAAGCUUUUGGACGCUGGAUUUCCAUUAGCUUUCCACAGUUUUCCAAUGACAGGAAAUAGCAGAGAGCGGGCUUGAUGUGCUUAAAAGCUGCCAUAAGCUGUGACCAUGACUACUGAAGUAGGCUCUGCGUCUGAAGUGAAGAAGGACUCUGGCCAGUUAGGAACAGAUGCAACCAAGGAAAAGCCUAAAGAAGUAGCAGAAAAUCAGCAGAAUCAGUCAUCCGAUCUAGAGGAGGAAAAAGGUUCCCAGCCAGCUCCUGCAGCUGAAAGCCAAAGUAGUCUACGCCGCCAGAAGAGAGAGAAGGAAACAUCUGAGAGCAGGGGUAUUUCUCGGUUCUUACCGCCAUGGCUUAAGAAGCAAAAGUCAUAUACCUUAGUAGUGGCCAAAGAUGGAGGAGAUAAAAAAGAACCCACCCCAGCUGUUGUUGAAGAACAGGUCUUAGAGAAAGAGGAACCCCUUCCGGAAGAACAGAGACAGGAUAAGGGUGAUGCUGAAGAAAUGGCUCAGAAGAAACAACAAGAGAUUAAGGUUGAAGUCAAGGAAGAAAAACCCUCAGUGAGCAAAGUGGAGACGCAGCCUACUGAAUUAGUAAGUAAGGAGAGAGAAGAGAAGGUAAAGGAAACACAGGAAGACAAAUUUGAAGGAGAAGCAGCAAAGAGGGAGACCAAGGAAGUUCAGACCAAUGAACUGAAAGCAGAGAAGGCAUCUCAAAAAGUCACCAAGAAGACCAAAACUGUCCAGUGUAAAGUGACCCUCUUAGAUGGCACCGAAUACAGCUGUGACCUGGAGAAACGUGCUAAGGGACAAGUGUUAUUUGACAAAGUGUGUGAACACCUCAAUCUCUUGGAGAAGGACUACUUUGGACUUUUGUUCCAGGAAAGCCCUGAGCAGAAAAACUGGCUAGAUCCUGCUAAAGAAAUAAAGAGACAACUGAGAAACCUUCCCUGGCUAUUCACUUUUAAUGUGAAGUUUUAUCCUCCUGAUCCUUCUCAAUUGACUGAAGAUAUCACCAGAUACUUCUUGUGCCUUCAGCUCCGGCAGGACAUUGCCUCUGGCCGCCUGCCCUGCUCUUUUGUGACUCAUGCUCUCCUGGGAUCCUACACCCUGCAGGCUGAACUUGGUGACUAUGACCCAGAAGAACAUGGCAGCAUCGACCUCAGUGAAUUCCAGUUUGCCCCUACUCAGACUAAGGAGCUGGAAGAGAAGGUGGCAGAGCUGCACAAAACCCACAGGGGCUUAUCUCCAGCACAAGCUGAUUCCCAGUUCUUAGAAAAUGCAAAGAGGCUUUCCAUGUACGGUGUUGACCUACAUCAUGCCAAGGACUCAGAAGGUGUGGACAUCAAGCUGGGUGUGUGUGCUAAUGGACUUCUCAUUUACAAAGACAGACUGCGAAUCAAUCGUUUUGCUUGGCCGAAAAUCUUAAAAAUUUCCUAUAAACGCAGUAACUUCUACAUUAAAGUCAGACCAGCAGAGCUGGAACAGUUUGAGAGUACUAUUGGAUUCAAACUGCCCAACCACCGGGCAGCGAAAAGACUAUGGAAAGUGUGCGUGGAGCAUCAUACUUUCUACAGACUUGUUUCUCCGGAGCAGCCACCAAAAGCCAAGUUCCUGACCUUGGGGUCCAAAUUCCGCUAUAGUGGCCGCACCCAAGCACAGACCCGCCAGGCCAGCACCCUCAUAGAUAGGCCAGCACCACACUUUGAGCGCACUUCUAGUAAACGGGUCUCCAGGAGUCUAGAUGGAGCUCCGAUUGGUGUCAUGGACCAAAGUCUUAUGAAGGAUUUUCCUGAUGCUGCUGGGGAGAUUUCAGCCUAUGGCCCUGGAGUUGUCAGCAUUGCCGUGGUACAAGAUGGGGACGGCAGGAGGGAAGUGAGAAGCCCAGCUAAAGCCCCACAUUUACAGCUCAUUGAAGGAAAGAAAAAUUCCUUGAGAGUAGAAGGGGAUAAUAUUUAUGUCAGACAUAGCAAUUUAAUGUUGGAGGAACUGGAUAAGGCCCAGGAGGACAUACUGAAACAUCAGGCUAGCAUUAGUGAACUCAAGCGCAAUUUUAUGGAAUCCACACCUGAGCCGCGCCCUAAUGAAUGGGAAAAACGACGUAUCACACCUCUGUCCCUACAGACACAAGGGAGAAAAGGAGACCAUCUUUUCAAGGAUAUUUUAUCCGUGAAGGAGAAGUACCUGAUGCCGACAACACGGACAGUUGAAGAAAAAGCUCAGGAGACAGACAAGACACGUGCUCCUGAGUCAGAAGGGCCUUGCACUGGAGCCAGGGAUGCUGUUAAGAGUUCACAUGAGACUCUGAAUAUAGUGGAGGAGAAGAAGCGGGCAGAGGUUGGGAAAGACGAAAGAGUAAUCACAGAAGAAAUGAAUGGUAAAGAGAUAUCACCUGGGAGUGGUCCUGGGGAGAUUCGUAAGGUGGAGCCUGUGACACAAAAAGACUCCACCUCCCUGUCUUCUGAGAGCAGCAGCAGCAGCAGUGAGAGUGAGGAGGAAGACGUGGGAGAGUACCGUCCCCACCACCGAGUGACCGAGGGCACCAUCAGGGAGGAACAGGAGUUUGAAGAAGAGGUGGAGGAAGAACCCCGCCCAGCAGCCAAGGUAGUAGAGAGGGAGGAAGCAGUGCCCGAAGCCAGCCCAGUCACACAAGCAGGUGCCAGUGUAAUCACAGUAGAAACAGUGAUCCAGGAAAAUGUAGGUGCCCAAAAGAUACCUGGAGAGAAGAGUGUACACGAAGGCGCUCUUAAGCAAGACAUGGGAGAAGAAGCAGAGGAAGAGCCACAGAAAGUUAACGGAGAGGUGUCCCAUGUUGACAUUGAUGUUUUGCCACAAAUUAUUUGUUGUUCAGAGCCACCAGUGGUAAAAACAGAGAUGGUAACAAUUUCUGAUGCCUCACAAAGGACAGAAAUCUCCACCAAGGAAGUCCCCAUUGUCCAAACUGAGACCAAAACCAUCACAUAUGAGUCUCCACAGAUUGAUGGCGGGGCUGGUGGUGAUUCGGGCACGUUACUGACUGCACAAACCAUCACAUCUGAGUCGGUGUCAACAACGACAACCACACACAUCACUAAGACUGUAAAAGGUGGAAUUUCUGAAACAAGAAUUGAGAAACGCAUUGUGAUCACAGGAGAUGCAGAUAUUGAUCAUGACCAGGCACUGGCUCAGGCGAUCAGGGAAGCCAGAGAGCAGCACCCUGACAUGUCGGUCACAAGAGUGGUGGUACACAAAGAAACAGAGUUGGCGGAGGAAGGGGAAGAUUAAGUAAGAAAGUUAUUUUUUAAACAACACUCAACUUUGUGAACCCCUGAAGAUUUUUUGACCGUUCCGAGUCUUAAUACCACACCACUAUUCCAGCGAAUUUAUGCUACAACUGGUAACAAUGACCAGAAGCCUGAAGAAUUAAAAUGCCAACACCAAACCUUUCCUUACCAGCUCUGGUCUAUAUUGCUCCCAUGCAUUUAAUAUAUUAUUUUGUUUUAUAACCACUUCUAAAUAUUCUUGGUUCUUUCUUUUUUGUUGUUGUUAAUUAAGGGGUUUUGGUUUUGUUUUCUGUUUACUUUGUGUGCAGCUACCUGCUUUUAAUGACUCACUUUGAUCAAAUGACAGUGAACAAAGCCAGCCCAAGCUGGUAAGGUGCUGUUCACCUGAACAGGUGCUGUUGUGCAGAAAGGAAACUCUGUGACUAAUUUAGAUAGUGGCUUUCCUUCUUCUGGAUUCUUUUCCUUGAAUUCUCACAGUAUAUAUUUACGGAGUUUCAAAUUGCAGUAAAUAUACUGUAUGAGAAAAUAUUAAUACAGAUAAAAAGCAUUUCUUACAUCCUGAAAAUUUUCUAAUACUUGAGAAUUUCACAGGGAUGUUUUUUAUAUUGGACCCUUUUGACUUUCCAGUCCUGUGACUUUCUACUUUUAGUAGAGAGUCAGGAUCUCUGGACUGGAGAAUUAUGAAGAAGUUCACUGACUGUGCACUGUGCUUAGAGACCCUGCCGCACCACAGUGCCAAUGCUUGUCAGACACAUGCCCUUCGGCAGCAUUCCAGAACAGGAGGGAAGAGAAAGAGAAAACUCUUUCUUCCCUUCUACUAAAAGAUUCAGGCAGCUUAAAACCUUAGUGCUUUCUUUCUUAACAAACCCAAAUUUCAAUUCUUUCCAUUGUUUGAACACUUGGGUAGAACUCUCGCUUUGUAUUAAACCUCCUUGUCUACACGUGUAAAACUGACCUUUUGUUAUUGAGCAGGCCUAUCUCUUUCAGCUAGUUUGAUGAUUCACACAGGUUUGAGGACGCUGGGGAGAAGGGGAGGGGCUGUGGUGGUGUUCUGUUGGUUACAAGAAAGUUAUACCAUUUAAAGCUGGUACCAGAGACCUGAUAGGGACUUAUUAACUAUAUUGAACAUUUUUUCCUUUGCCUUUGACCCUAUGUAUAGUUAUGAUGCCAGAUUAGAUUUAUAGCAGCUUCAAGUUGUAUUAAAUGAUAUUUUGCUUCCUGUAAUACUGUUACAAAAUAAAGUUUGUUUAUUCUCUAAA